GAUUGCUUUAAAUAAUGAUUAAAUGACUUGAUUUACUCAGUAACUUGUAUUAAAAACUCUGUUUUGAGCUCUUGUAAGCGAUCUGAGGUGAUCUUUGAACAUGAUUCACUUGACCCAGAGAACCCCGCAAAGUCAUACAAAUCGAGAGGUUCAAAUCUUGGUGUUCAUUUUAAGAGCACUCAUGAAACUGUCCAGGACAUCAAGGGUAUACAUAUCCAAAAAGCCACCAAGUAUCUGAAGGAUGUCACUUUACAGAAGCAGUGUAUGCCACUUAUCGUUAACAGUGGUGGAGUUGGUAGAUGUGCCUGCAGUGGGACUGGACACAAGGUUGGUGACCCAAAGAGUGCUGAAUUUUUGCUGUAUAGAAUUUAAAAAUGCAGAGAGUAAAGUUGAACUUAAUAAGGGGUUAGAUGUAGAUUCUCUGGUCAUUGAGCAUAUAUUCAGGUGAACAAGGCACCCAAGAUGCACUGUCGUACAUACAGAACUCAUGGCGGAUUAACCCAUGCAUGAGAGCCCCUUGCCACAUGGAAAUGGUCCUAACUGAAAAGGAGCAAAUUGUACCUAAACUGGAAGAGGAAGUCACACAGAAGAAAAAUAUACCCCUGAAGAAACUGAAGAAGAAAAACUUAUGGCGUGGGAAUAAAGUCAGCAUAAAAUAAAUGUGGAUGAAAGUAAAAAACAAACAAAAAAACCUCUGGUUUGAAUUUUGGUUCAUUUCUGCAAAACUUCUUUCUUUUAAGGAUUCUAUGUGCUUUCAAUAUAGUUGGAAAGAUAUAAUGAAUAUACUGCUAUUUCCUAUCUGGGUUGAAAUGACUUUAUAUUUUAAGUUAUUUUAUAUAGUUUGUAGGAAUAAGAAAGACAUAAUGUAAAACAACUUUUUGGAGGUUUUAAUAAGAGGUUAAACAUAGCAGACCUUAGAAAAAUAAAAAAAAUAUUUCAUGUACAAUGAAUAUACACCACAUCUAAAUACUUUUGACAAAUAUCCUUAUUAUAAUUGUAGCACACUUUUUUUUUUGUAGUUUUUGUAUCUACACAAAGAACAAUCUUCCUUUCUUGUCACUUUGAGAUCUGUGCAUAAGAAUAUUGUACUUGAAAGGAAGGAAAACUAAGAUAAAACUUACUGCCUUGUCUGGAGUCACAUGUACUUAGGUGACAAUUUACAGAAAGUUAACUCUGCAACUUGAUGGGCGACAACCUUUUUCAACCAAAAAAUAAUUCAAAAAUGGCAGAACUCUUUAUGGAAUGUGAAGAAGAAGAGCUGGAACCAUGGCAGAAGAAAGUAAAAGAGGUCGAGGAUGAUGAUGACGAUGAGCCAAUUUUUGUUGGAGAAAUAUCAAGUUCAAAACCAGCAAUUUCAAAUAUUUUGAACAGAGUUAACCCCAGCUCAUAUUCACGAGGAAUAAAGAAUGGUGCACUUAGUCGAGGUAUUACUGCUGCAUUCAAGCCUACAAGUCAACACUACACGAACCCAACAUCAAAUCCAGUGGCUGCCUCGCCAGUAAAUUUUCAUCCUGAAUCUAGAUCUUCAGAUAGUUCUGUUAUUGGUCAGCCUUUUUCUAAACCUGGUUAUAUAACCAACUCAUCACGAGUUGUAUCUAAUAAUUCUUCAGAACUGCUCUUUGACUUGACCCAAGAUACUGGAUUAUCACAUUACCAAGGGGGACCAACACUUUCCAUAGCAGGUAUGAAAGACAGUUUAUUUUUAUCAAAACGUCCUUCUACUUCUGAAGUAAACAGUGUUAAUCCAAAAAAGCCUAAACCCAGCGAAUGUGUUUCUGGAACAAAUUCCUCAGCUGUAUUCCCUGCAGUUAAAUCUCCUUCAGUGACAUCUCCCCAGUCUGUGCCAUCAAAAGGUACAAAUACCUCAUCAAAUCAAUCUAAAAAUGGAACACCUUUUCCAAGAGCUUGUCCAAAGUGCAAUAUUCAUUUCAAUCUUUUGGAUCCUUUGAAAAAUCACAUGAAGUAUUGUUGUCCAGACAUGAUAAAUGACUUUUCAGAACUGCCUAAAACAGAAUUUUCAAGUACAGCAAAUAAAAAUAAGAAUAUUGAUUCAGAGAAAGGAAAAUUGAUCAUGUUAGUUAAUGACUUUUAUUAUGGAAAACAUGAAGGAGAUGUCCAGGAAGAACAGAAGACUCACACAACCUUUAAAUGCUUCAGUUGCUUGAAAAUUCUAAAAAAUAAUAUUAGGUUUAUGAACCACAUGAAACACCAUUUGGAACUUGAGAAGCAGAGCAGUGAGAGCUGGGAAAACCACACCACCUGCCAACACUGCUACCGGCAGUUUCCCACACCAUUUCAGCUGCAGUGUCACAUUGAGAGUACACACACCCCGCAUGAAUUUUCUACCAUUUGUAAAAUCUGUGAGUUAUCAUUUGAAACAGAACAUGUUCUUUUACAACAUAUGAAGGACAAUCAUAAACCCGGUGAAAUGCCAUAUAUCUGCCAGGUUUGCAAUUACAGAUCUUCAUCAUUUUCUGAUGUAGAAACUCAUUUUAGAACAUCCCAUGAAAACACAAAGAACUUGCUCUGUCCAUUUUGUCUCAAAGUUAUUAAAAUUGCAACCCCUUACAUGCAUCAUUAUAUGAAGCAUCAGAAAAAGGGAAUACAUCGUUGUUCAAAAUGCAGACUGCAGUUUUUGACAUGCAAGGAGAAAAUGGAUCACAAGACUCAGCAUCAUCGAACAUUUAUAAAACCUAAACAACUAGAAGGGUUGCCUCCUGGAACAAAAGUUACUAUUCGAGCUUCAGUUGGACCUCUUCAGUCAGGAUCCUCAACUACACCUUCCAUUAGUGCAAGCACUUCUACUCUACAACUCUCACCUCCAAGGACUAAAAAUAUAACUGCUAAAAAUCUCAUAAAAUCUAAUACAAAUAAACCUAACACAACCAAAUCCAAUGCGAGUAAACCUAUUGCCAGUAAGCCUAAUGGAAAUAAAUCUAAAUACAAAUCAAAAAUUGUUAAUAUGCAAAAGAAACAAAGCACAUUGGCUAGUAGCAAUAAAAAAAGUAAAGUCAAUACAGCCUUGAGGAACUUAAGGUAUCGUCGGGGCAUUCACAAGUGCAUUGAGUGUUGUUCUGAAAUAAAAGAUUUUGCAAACCACUUUCCUACAUACGUCCACUGUAGUUUUUGCAGAUACAACACUAGCUGUAGCAAAGCCUAUGUAAAUCAUAUGAUGAGCUUUCAUAGUAACCGUCCAAGUAAAAGGUUUUGUAUAUUUAAGAAACAUUCAGAUCAUCUCAGGGGCAUUAAUCUAGUGUGCCUUAAUUGUGACUUCUUAGCUGAUGUUUCUGGCUUAGAUACUAUGGCUACACACUUAAUUCAACAUGAAAAUCAUACUUGCCAAGUUGUACUAGAGAAAGUUUCUGUUUGUAUCCCAACUUCUGAGCAUCUUUCCGAAUUUAAAAAAGAAGCUUUCACUAAGGAACAAGAACCAGUGUCUAAGGGAAUUGCAAGACCUCAUAUGACAGAAGGAGACACAGAAACAUCAAUUUCUGAAAGUAAAGAAGAUAAACUUUCUUCACAAGAAGGAAAAAAUGGAUGUGAUUCAAAUUCACUUCAAGGAUCAUCAGUAACAAAAAGUGAAGAAUGCUUAACGGUUUCAGAUAAGGAAAAUGAUACCUGUCAUGAAGAUCAAGAAAUUGGCUCAAAGAAAGUCUUCGGCUCUGAUUCAAACAUUGGUGCAGAUAAAGUGGAAAAGGAAAAGCAAAUACUGCAUGUUUGUCAGGAAAUGGAGAUCAAGACGUGCCAAAGUUCAGAAAACAUAAUUUCAUAUGAUCAGAUUAAAGAUCACAACUCCAGUGAAACUAGGUUUUCUUCAAAGAAUAUUAAAGAUUUACGGAUAACAUCAGGUGAUGUUAGCAUUGAUCAGUUCUUGAGAAAAAGAAAUGAACCUGAAUCCGUUAGUUCUGACAUUAGUGAGCAAGGCAGUAUUCAUUUGGAACCUUUGACUCCUUCAGAGGUACUUGAGUUUGAAGCCACAGAGAUUCUUCAGAAAGGUAGUGCUGAUCCUUCAGCCAAGACUGAUGAAGUAGUGUCUGAUCAAACAGAUGACAUUGCUGGAGAAAAUAGCACUAGCACAACAGAUUUAACAGUAGACCUGGCAGAUGAAAAAGAAAGAAGUUGAAAUUAAUUAGUCCCUCUGAGUUUUAGUGUACCAGCAGUAAGAGGAAUUGGAACAGUGCUAUCAGGUGAGCUCAGUGUUGUUUUCAUAGAGUUCAGGAAUAGAAAAAAUGUGAAGGAGGUCAUUCAUAUGCUUUAUCUGUACAACCUAGGUUAUUAAAUCAGUUCACUAGUAAUAGCACUAUUUGUAUGGAUUUCCAAGAAGUUGUUUUAAAAACACCAACAGGAUUUUAACGAAGGCUAAGUUUGUAAUAGAAAAGUCUCAUUUGACAGUUUUCAACAUAGUGGGAGUUGGCUGCCAGUAUGAAUUGAUUAUAAGAAUAUUCGUUGUAUUAAUAAAGCUUUUUAAACGUCUAUCAGUUCUAAGCUAAAAGUCCUGAUUACCUGUAUAUCCUUUUCAAUUAAUUUAAAGGAAGAGAUUUGGAAACCGUGUACCUUUUGGGAGUAAUUGGUUUAAAGUAAUAGCUGAUUGGCAUUGUUAAUGAAGGCUUUGAGUAUGAUGCUGGUAAGUGAAGCAUGCUUAGAGUGCUAAAUUGAUCUAAUGAAAAUUUGUAUGAACAUAAAAAUUUUGGAUUUAAUAUAACAUUCCAGUCUGUCAGAAGCAUGUAAACAGAAUAUUUAAAUCUGUGUACCUCCAUACAAACGUUAACCUGCCAGGCUGUAAGCUUACCUUAAUUAAACUUUCAGUGAAAGUGAGAUUAUUAAAAAAUAAAUUUAUAUUUGUGCUUUUUGUCAGUGUGUAAGCUGUGCAGAAAUCUUUGAUGUUCUAGUUGUAUAAAGUAGAAACCCAUUGUGGAAACUCCUGUAGCUCUUAUGCUUCCAGUAUUGUUUUAAUGAUCUUCUCUAGAAAUAGACCCAUAAAAUGGUCUGAAAGUCAAACCAAAGUAUGGUGUAAUGUAGAUAUGUAAAGCUAGUAAAGCAGCAAACUGCAAACGUGUCCUGGCACAUGUUCAGCCAUGUUUAAAUAACUUUUCUUUAAAUGUAAAAAUAGGAACUUCAGAUGGGACCUAAAGCAGUGAUGUAAAAAAUUGAUUUGGGAUUUUAGCCUAAUUUAUCCAUAAGAUGGCUGCUAAAUUGAUUUUCCAGUUUUUGUUUUUUUUAUCACUUAGGAAAUAAUAGAUAUAGAAAUGAAUAAUAUGAAGAAUAGUAGGUUGCUUUGAAGUACUAAUAAAAUUUUAUUUAAAAUGCUACAUUUUUACUUCUUAAAAUGUGCUUUGAAUUCUUAAGUUUUGUUUCACUGAAUGUUAAAUGUUUUGAACAGCUAUUAAAAUUCUGUAUAUAGUAGUUUUUGAGUAAAUAUUUGCAAUAAAAAUCUGUCUAAAUAAGUUAUUUAU